CUCUUGCAGAGGCAGUGUGACCAGCUGCAGAAGGAGAAGGAAGAGCUGGAGAAGAAGAAUAAGGAGAUGCAAGAGUCUCUAAAUGAGGUGGUUCCAGCUAUGAAGCAGUUGGAACAGGAGAGGGCGUCCCUGGGCACCAAGCUCGGCUUUGAAGAGACCAAGCGAAAGAUCUCUGAAAACGAGCGCGAGGCUCUGGCGCAAGAGUUAAAGCUGACCAAGGAGGCUUUUUUGGAGCUGAAGGGGAAUGUGCAGACCCUAGUGCACAAUGGAAUGGAGGAGCACAUCAGCAACUUCAUCAGCUCCAGCUCGUUGGACAACAUCGUCAACCUCUACCGAUUGCCAACUGCCAUCAUUGCCUUCACGGACUGCAGAAAGAAGGUGAAGACUGUUUAUCCCGAAGUGGAUGUUACAAGGAUAACCUUCGGAGAGCAAGAAGCUGGAGUGGAGGAAGAUGGUGAAAGUAUGUCAGCAGAGUUCCGCCCAGAAAUCAAACUGAAGUGGGAUCAUGAUGCUGAUGGACGCACCGUUUUCCCUCUGAACUUCGACUUCGAGUUCGUGGCAAUGGAAGAAGAAGGGGCAGAGGUAGGGGAAGACGAGGUAGAGGCAGGAGUGGAAGGAGCUGGAGUGGAUGAGAGCCAACCAAUUCCAGAAGUGGAGAUUCAUCCAGUUCCUUCUGAUGAUGAUCAGCCUCCUCUGCCAGACGAGCAGCAGCCAAGACAGCCACCUCUUCCAGCUGAAGAAGAGCUAGUGAAGCCACCUCCUUCAGUAGAGAAUUAAUUUUGUUUUUGCUUUUUUGGAGAACAUUUAAACAAUUUGUAAUGUUUUUAUUAAAUUAAAUGAAAUUAUACAUUUGUUUAUGUUUGAUUUAUAUUUUUGUUAUGUUUUAUGAAUGAAAGAACUGAGUACUU